AUGGUGCUGAAUGAUCUUCACCUUCCAUUUAUCGGGCAAGCCACGGAUGAACAGGUCAGCGCGACCACAGUCUCCGAGCUCCCCUCUCUGUACCAGUUCACCGCUAACAUCGUCAAAUUCGGUGAGCUACCUGAGGUACCCGCGGUUGUUACCUUCGGUAUCCCUACGGACGCGGACCUCGUGUAUCUCUGCUGGUCCGAAUCGUCGUCGUAA